AUGCUGCAGCUAGCUGUUUGCCCACUGCUUGUUGUCUUGGCUCUAGCACACUUAAAGCAGCGAAGACGGUUUGAGUGCGUCAUCUACCCGGUACCGCUGCUCGCCCGCAGAAAGAUGAUGCCAGUCGUCGCUUACAGGAACACCUUCCUCCAGGUCCCUCUUGAGGAGCGCAUGGGUGAACCUGGACAUCGCCGAGCAGUCAGUGUUCCAGCCCGUUUGCCGGGCCAGGCCGAUUUCCAGCACGAGCCGAGUCUGGACAGGUACUUGUCAAAUGUGUCUCAAUCUCUUGGGGCUUUUUGGGCCCAUGGCAUCCCACCAGCCCUGUGGACUGGCAUGCGCAACGGGGCCGACCAACCUGUGGAGGAAGGCGAGGUUCAUCAGACUCCGGACGAUCCCAUUCCGUCUGCGGAACUGGGUAUUGGAAGUUUUGCAGCCGACGAGCCUUCCUUUGCCCCACCUUGCCUCAGCGAAAGCUCGGCCGCCGAUCCUGGAGCAGAAAAGGACGACGAGCGUGAGAAUCUGCUGGAAGUCCUUCCUGGCCAGUCGGGACAUCCCGAGUUUUGCCGUCGACCUUGCAUUCUCUUCUCGGCAGGGAGAUGUGCAGCAGAUUUGGGCUGCAAGUACUGCCAUCUGCCGCAUCAUCGGAAGCCGAAGUUGGCCCAGGCCAUUCGUUGGAAGCUUGAGGCUAUGCGAGCAGCAGAGCGUCUCGAAAUCCUGAUGCAGAUCCUGUGCAAGAAGGAGGCCGGAAUGCCCCGCACCCUUCCUUCCAUCCAGAAGUUGAUCACCAUUUUGAACGAGGCUCUGGAGACGGCGGAUUCGUCCCGAGCCUUUUCCACUGAUCGGAAAGCUGUGCAGGCAGUUCUGGCAAAGAUGCCGGUGGCUGCGCUGCUGGGUAGUCAGCCUUACAGGAAAGCUUUGUGGGAGUAG